AGGAGACGGGCGUCUCCGGCCUCUACUGCCUCGGCGACGCCUCCACCUCCGGCUUCGAGCUGACGCCCGUCGCGAUUGCCGCCGGCCGGCGCCUCGCCGACCGCAUCUUUGGCGGCGCGGCCGACGCAAAGUUCGAGUAUGCAAACAUCGCGACGGCGGACCCCCUCGCCUCGCGGGACGGCGGCAGAGGGCCCGCCCUCGCCACACGCCCCCCGCUGCCGCGCGCAGGCGCGCGCGAGGCGUACGGCGACGCGAACGUCAAGGCGUACAAGUCGGUCUUCAAGCCGAUGCACUUUGCGCUGUGCGAGGAGGAGGCCAAGAAGCCGAUGGCGAUGAAGCUCGUCUGCGCCGGCGAGGAGGAGCGCGUCGUCGGCCUCCACGUGAUCGGCAUCGCGGCGGACGAGAUGCUGCAGGGCUUUGCCGUGGCCGUCAAGAUGGGCGCCACCAAGGCGGACUUUGACCACGCCUGCGCCAUCCACCCGACGGCCGCGGAGGAGUUUGUGACGAUGGGGCCGUGGGGCGCCAAGCCGGAUGGGCAGGGCGGCAUCGUCCCCACGCCCGUGCCCAAGGGGAGGUGA